AUGCAGCGGUGCGGCGGGGCAGCGAGGCGGACUCUGGCGGCGGUGACUCAGCAUCAGUUUUCAUUUUCGUCACUGUCACCGUCUUCUUCUUCUUCUUCUUCUUCUUCUUCAGCAUCGUCCAUCCCCUAUUCAGUGCUAGGGUUCCCGAUUCAGUGCGGCCGAGGAGACAAGAAGACAAAGAAAGGGAAGAUAUUCAUCGGCUCGUACGGGAACUCAAGGCCGAAGAAGGACAAGAAGAUUGAGCGGAUUAAGGACAAAAAUGAGCUCCCCAGGUCCACUCCUUGGCCCCUUCCCUUCAAGCUCAUCUGA